AUGGUCUACACUAUCGUGGUUCACCUCUACGCAAAAGAGGACGAAGAGAGUAUCGAGAAGCUCAAAGCGAAGCUAGUCGAAGCGAGCCAAGUAUACAGCAAGGAUAAAGAGACAUUGUCGUGGUUUGUCAUGCAGGAUGUAGCGGAUAAGAGAAAAUUCACGAUUGUGGAGCGGUACCUGAAGGAAUCGAGCCAGAAAUAUCACCUCGAAAACCCCUACUGGAAGACUUUCGACCCCUACGUCAACCCUUUGCUGGACAAGCCCAUGGACCUGAGGCGCCUCGAGGAGUUGGACACUAGU